AUGGGAAAGAGCAUGAAGAUACCAGAUGAUGCCAAGGCAUUCCCAGACUGCCAAGGCCCAAUGACAAAGCAAAGUGAUGCUUCUAGCUGGAAGAAGAGAUACUUUAUUCUCAAAGGAAAGAUGUUGUAUUACUCUGCUUACCAAGGUGACUUAUACUGCAAGGGAUACAUUGAGUUGACACCAGCCACAAUGAUCAGGAAGAACAACAGUCAAGAGGUACAUAUCAUCAGCAGUGGAAUGCCAAUCAAAUGCUAUGCACCAAGCGCGGCCGAAUGUGACAUCUGGGUGAGCACUCUACAGAGGAACAUACAGACGAUCUUUGGUGUCGUUGUCGUCUCGUCCACACCAACCGUCGUCCAUCGAUCAGCACCAUCAUCCACGGUCGUCUAUCAGUCAGCGCCACAGAUGGUCAUGACUACUCAGCCAACGACAGUGAUCCACACUGCACCACAAAUCAUCACUGCCGCACCACAAGUAGUGAUGACACAACCAACCGUCAUGUACCAUCAGCCACAACAAGUGUAUCACCAGCCACAAGUGUACCAUCAGCCACAAGUGCACUACGCACCAUCACCAUACGUACCACAGGCUCAAGCAUACUAUCCACCACAACAAACAACCUAUUACUAUCGC